UCGGCUCCGCGCAGCAGCUUAUCGGACCAAACCAUUGCCGCAGUCCAGGUCCUAACACCUGUCACAUGAGCCUUUACAAUUAGAGAAACCGGCGGGCACCGCAGCGUCCGACAGCGUUUCCUCGCCCGCACCGCACACGCACACCGGACGCCGCCGGGUUGCAGACGCCGCCGGGGCGCAGCUUCCACCGAGGCGAUCCGCUGAACUGCACCGACACCCCCAUUGUGCGGCUGGCAGCAUCCCCCGCUGCAUGCAAUGGCGCUGUAGCGGCUCCGGUGUGUCCAAGCGCUUCCGACGCGGCCACUCCGUCCCCGGACUGUUUACCAGCGUGGGAGAGCGAUGUUAUUGUCCGACAGAGGGGCCGUUGUUGUCUGUGCAGAGAGCAUCCUCACUCGCCUCCCGCUCGACACCGUGGAUUACUGUUUAUUUACAUCGCGGAGCCGGGGAGCCAUGGAUGUGUGAAUUGGCCUAAAGGAAGUCAGAUCUUGUCAGAUUAAGCAGCGCUGCAGUAGGUCAAACUAAACCCCUCACUCCUAUGAUCUAAUGAGGCCACGGCAAUGCUGACAUCUCCUCGGAAUCCAAAGAACUCAUCAUGCUGAAGACGGAGGCCUCGGGGGAGAGGACCUGCCUCCGGAGUGCCUCCCCCCACCGUAAUGCCUACCGAACAGAGUUUCAGGCGCUUAAGAAGGCCUUUGACCAGCCACGGAUUGAUGGAGACUCAAGGCCCAAAGACCUCCAAAGGGUGAAACAACCAAGGGGUCGCCAAUAUGGCUCCCAUGUCAGCCGCAUCAAGGACAUGUUCAUGCAGAUGGGCACAGAAAACAUAGAAGUGAAGACAAAGGUUCGAGAGGAUUCUUCGCCACCAAAGAUCGUCAAGCCCACCAACUUCAUCAACAAGGCUGACGGAUCUGUGAUAAAGCUCCAGCAUUCCCAAUCGACCGAUCGGGUUGGAAGUGCAGGGGCAAGGUUCUCAGAAACCAGGAAGCUGUUUGAGCAGCAGUCCCGUGACCAGUCUCAAUCUCCAGUCUUUCCCUACGGACGUGAUAAAAGAGGGUCCCACGAGAAUCUUGAUGAUUGGCGAGGGACAAGAUCCAACCGAGGCAGCACAGACUCUUUGGACUCACUUUGCUCCAGAGCAGAGGCAUCGUCCCCAACUGUCAGUCAACUCAGUGCUGUUUUCGAGAAUGCCGACCACCACAAUCAGGGUGUGUCCUACAAAGGAGUCAGCAGACGAGCCCUCUACUCACCAGAUGGAUGCCAGCGCCCUGGAGGAGAUCUCAGUGAGGACGAUUCACGACAGUCUCCUGUUCGAGGAAACUAUCGGAGCAGGAUAGGGGGAAAGUUUCCCACAUCGUUGUCCUCUGAGGACCUCCUCAGUCCCAGUCCUGGAGUAGAGACUGAAGAGCUGAAACCUGUUCCCAAAGAGGAGGAGUCUCAAGGCAAAGCAGACAAGGUUGCAAAUACAGGUGGAGAUAAACGGCACCUUACUGGGGCCACCACCAAUGGAAGUCAAGUCAAUGGUUCCUAUGAAGAAGAAGAGAGACCAUCAGAAACACGAAUACAUACCGAGGAUGUAGGUGUGUCCAAGGCUUCGAAACAUGAUGAUCUUCAAAAAGAUGAUGCUGUGAUUACUAACCAACCAGCCACUCCAGAGCCCCUGCAAAGGGCUGAAAGACAGGAGGAUGGAGAUGGGUCAAUAGAAGACAAGCCCCCUAAAUCCCCCAAUGAUCAAGUGGAAGAACCAGAUGAGGAAUACACUGGGAACGAGCGGGUGGUUUUUAAUGCAGACGGGGAUGCUUGUUACCAGGGAUGGGGUGAAAGCUGUACGGAUCCAGAGGACGACCUCUAUGGAGACGACGAGGAUAUUGUCUACGACCCGGGCUCUGACCUGACGGAGAUUCCUGGUCUGCCGGAGGAGAACAAACAGGACAUCCCUCCAAAGAGAAAGAUCUGCUUCAGCACUGCUUCCAUCAUAGUGUUCAACACUUACUCCAAUGAGGACUACGACCGGCGUAAUGAGGAGGUGGAUCCCGUGGCGUCCUCGGCUGAGUACGAGCUGGAGAAGAGGGUGGAGAAACUGGAACUCUUCCCUGUGGAGCUGGAGAAAGAUGACGACGGCCUGGGCAUCAGUAUCAUCGGGAUGGGCGUCGGUGCUGAUGCCGGCCUGGAGAAACUGGGCAUCUUCGUCAAGACCGUCAUCGAGGGCGGAGCUGCUGAGAGGGACGGCAGGAUAAAGGUGAACGACCAGAUCGUGGAGGUGGACGGGACCAGUCUGGUGGGCGUCACCCAGAGCUUCGCCGCCUCCGUCCUCAGGAACACUUCGGGAGUGGUUCGGUUUGUGAUUGGCCGCGAGCUUCCAGGCCAGCAGAGUGAGGUGGCCAGUCUGAUCCAACAGACCCUGGAACAGGAGAGGAAACAGAGAGAGCUGCUUGAGCAACAGUACGCCCAGUAUGACGCUGACGAUGACGAGCAGACGGGAGAGUACGCCACGGACGACGAGGACACGGGGACGACGGUGGCAGACGGAGAGAAGAACAUCGAGGUGUUUGACUUGCCAGAGACAGAAGAAGUCUUGUCUCCGUCGGAGUUGGACGCCACUAAACUCUACCAGAAGUUCCGAGAGCUCCAGAUCAAACAUACAGUGACCGAGGCCGAGAUCCAGAAGCUGAAAAACAAGUUGGCGUCAGUGGAGAGGGAAAAGCAGCGCUGGGAGAAGGAGAAGAGCCAGCUGAAGGCCAGCAUCGAGGAGAACAAGGAGAGGAUGCUGAAACUGGAGAGCUACUGGAUCGAGGCGCAGACCCUCUGCCACACCGUCAACGAGCACCUGAAGGAGGCGCAGGCCCAGCACCAGACUCUGGAGAAGAAGUACAACAAGGCCAAGAAACUCAUCAAAGACUUCCAGCAGAAGGAGGUGGAGCUUAUCCAGAAGGAGGAUACAGAGAGGAGGCGGCUGGAGGAGGCUGAGAAAGCUCAUCUGGCCGAGAUCCAGGGGCUGCAAGUGAGGAUUGCAACAUUAGAGUCGGAGCUGAUGCAGCUGAUGAAGCAGAACGGCAUCCAGGUCAACAACAACAACAGCAACAGCGCUGAGAGGCUCAACGCGCAGCAACACAGCCCCGUGCGAGCUGCAGCACAACUCAGAGACCUGAGGGACGGCUCUCCGCACUGCUCACCCAGCAAAAAGACGAACUACAGGGUGACAGCUACCCGUGACAGCAUAAGCUCUACAGAGGGAGAGGUAUUAGAGGGACAUGGCAGUCCAGCACACAGUCGCUCUGGUUCGAUUCGUAGUGGGACGUCUUGUGAUGGAGGAGCGGUGGUCCUCAGGGGUCCCGGCAGUGCAGAAAGCUCCCCCAGGCGAGCGCUGCACUCCUCCUCCACCACAGGAAUAAUCCAGGAUGGUUCUCGGUCUCCUGCGUUGUCGAGCCCGUCUCACAGUCUGGAGGAGCACAGACCGGCUCUGGACUCUGGGUCCCUCAGGAAAACCAAAGUGAAGGACAGAGACCCCAGAGCCUCACCUGGAAACAGCUCCACAGAGCUAUCAGUCGAGGACAGUCCAGAGAAACUCAAGGCCAAGAACUCCCUUACAUGGCCCCACUUCUUCUCCUAUUCAUAUUACUUGGGACCCACUUUGAAUGACGAUCAGAGCGUCAGCAGCAGCAGCUCGGUAGAGAUCAGCGGUCUGCUGGGUGAAGCCAAGAUGUCAGGACGCUCGCAGACACUGGCGCUGUCCUCAGACGAGAGUCUGGAUAUGAUAGAUGACGAGAUCCUGGACGAGGGACAGUUGUUGAAGCAGCACCAGUGGCAGAGCCAGAAUAUUACAGAGUGGACUUCCCAGCAAGUGGCCCGCUGGCUUUUGGGCCUCAACUUAGAACACCAUAUCCCAGAAUUCACUGCCAAAAACAUAGACGGAGAACAGCUGCUAGAGCUAGAUAGCACUGAGCUGAAGGCCCUUGGAGUCACUUCUUCGCAGGACCGUGCCCUGAUCAAGAAAAAGAUCAAAGACCUUAAAAUGUUGAUGGAGAAGGCCAAGAGGAACCACGAGAAGCUUGAGAAACAACGCGAGAAGCUUCGCAAGAGAGAGCUGGAGCAGCCGUCAGAGUGAAGCAUGCUCACCUCUUCCAUAGCGCUGCAACUAGUAGCAUCGAGGAACAGAAAGUCAGUUGGCCCUACAUAUGAACCCUGAGGGACGCCCGCUUAGUAGUUCAAUAGUUGUCAGUGCUGGAGCUCCACCACAAAAUGUCAGAUUGUUGAGUGACUUCCUCACCGAGCAAUUCAAACCAAAAUGAACAGUUGGACAAUAGGAUGCUGCCCCCCCCUUUCCUUCUAUUUACACCCACCCUGUGUCUUUAGUCAUUUAAGAACUCACUCAGUUCUAUUUAUUUUGCUAUUUAUGGCUUGUAAAUUGAAAUUAUUUAUCGCAACCAGAGUGAGUCUGUGUUAAGUCUGUCUCAUCCUCAUCCCUUAUUGUUCUCAGAGCCAUCAUACAACCUACAGACACAGCAACCAUGUACAUACACAGUGACGUAUACAGAUGAUAAUCUGUUUGAUGUGCCAUUUUGAUAGACUUGUGUAUAUAUUGUUCAGAUACAUCAAAUCUAUUGCUUUGAAGCACACACAGGUCAGUGUGUGUGCAUGCAAUAUAAGAGGCAGUUCUCAUCUCCCACCACCAGGUGUCCACAUGCUACUUCCUGUCCCCUUCUGACAAAGAUGACACUACUAGAACUUUCCAACAGGAACUGAACUGGACACUGGAAGAACUCUCUCUGUAUCUACGAGAACACUGGAAGUGCAAACACUGUAAAUGCAAACCACUGCAGUAGCUUGUACAGUGCUCCUUACAGUAUACAUGUACCAUAACAAUAGCAGUUGUCUAUGUAAAAAUUGCAACAACAUGCUGUACUCAUUGGACUGGUUCUAAUGGAGACUUCAGGUAGAAAGUAAUGGUGAAACUCGUAACCUACCAAACCCAAACCGUACAAACAAAAGACAAAACAAGAUGAGAAAAAGAAUCAUACUGCUUAUACGCGUACUGUUGCUUUGACUCUGCUUAUAACCUGCUUCUGACCACUUUUUAUAUCCUCUCAAUAACAAACAUCAUACCACGUCGCUGCCUUUAGAAAUUCUAGUGACGUAGAAUUGUCAGAAUUCGACCCGCUUCUGUGUGAGUGUUGAUACACAUACGGUAGAUUACAUCCAUCUCUGAUUGUUAUUUUACUCCUUCAGAAGAAUCACAGGUCGCUUACACCAUGCAAAAGACUCUGGAAUAUUCUUAACGAUAUUUAAGAAUGCUGCCAUAUACGUGGUUUAUCUCUGCGACCAUUGACAAAUGCAGGACGCCCAGACACUGUCUUAAAGUUAAACUGAUACUUCUGAUGUUACAAUGGAAAUUGCGACUGACAGAUGCAAUAUAGUUUGAAUUUUCCUAUGAAACCGUUUCAGUAAGACUUAUAACACUUUUUUUGAUUUUACUAGUUAGAUGAAAAAUAUACCUUUUUGAAAUUGAUUUUGACCUGUGUACUUUAUGCAGUGAUUGUUUUUAGGAUUAUCCCUGAGAGACGUGUUCCCUGUGUUACUUCUUUAUCAUUCCCAGGAAUCAUUAGGUUUACAGUAAAUAAAGAGAUCCCAGUGUCACCGUGAUGAGACACGAAGGCAGCUUUGAGUUUCGCUCCAUCUGCCUGUAAGUGCCCCGCCUGGUGAACUGAUAACAGGUUAAGAACAUGAGGAAGAUUUGGGGUUACAGAUCUGUUAAUUUAUUUAUUUCUGUAUUUAACGAAGCAACUGACUAUUGUUUAUGAUAACUUUAAUAAUAAGAGUAUUAUUAACACCUAAUGAUGAUUUAUCCAGAAUUGUACGAUUACUUCCUUUUUUGCCAAAACCUAAUUAAAGCUGUCCAUUAGAAAUGUCUUAGAUUUAAAUGGUUGUUAUGGAACGAACGCAAGAAGCAAGAAGAAACAGUGAUUCUCUCCCAUUGUGCUUGUGGUUUUUCCUCCAAUACAACCACAGUGCUGCUCCAGUGCUACUCCCAAGUAAACUGCUCACGGUGUAUUCUUAUGGAAUAUUUUGUAACACUUGAACCUCUCUGUGAAUACCCCCCCUCACUCCUUUUUGACUCUUUUGUAUAUAUAGUCAAAACCCAGAGCAAUAUGCUGUAAGAAUCCUAAAGACGCCUUGUUUUCUAUCGUGUGCGGAUGCCGUUUGUCCGAGGGCUGAGGAGGCAUGGAAGCUCUGACCUGAGCCCACGUGUGUUCCAUAUCUUUUUCUUGACGUGCUUGAACCGAACUCAACAUGAUGAAACCCAACGUGUGGACGAGACCCUGGUGCUCCUCGCCGUGUUUUCAGCCAUGAUGCCUGGAAGGGUUUUUGUCUUCACGUGCGUAGAGAGCGAGCGAUAAUCAGACAGCUAUAGCCAUGCUGACUCUCCUCCUCCUCCUCCUCUUCCUCCUUUAUUUGUCAUUACCUUGAUCUCUCUUUUUUUUUUCUCAUUCUGAAAAGUUUAAAAGGGCAGCUACCUGUCACACUGAAUAAAAUGUGCAGUCACUGUC